AUGAGACCUGCCUGUGCAUAUCCCCCUAUCCUUCAAACGAGUAUUACAAACGGCCCAGAUAUGUAUAGAGAACGCGAAACAUUUAACUAUGGUGUUGCAAAUAGUCAACCGUUACCUGUGCAGGCAAUGGCAUCAAAUCAAGCUAUGUACCAUGGUUCCGUAUCUGCUUCCGGCCUUGGUUGCCCGAGUACCACAAUGAGUCCGCAACCUCAAAUGCAAUCACAGUCUCACUUCCAAGUCCAACAAUAUCCUCAAAUGCAGCAGUCUUACAAUGAUAUGAUGAAUAACUCCCAGUUAUCUUCAUUUCAAGCACAACAACAAUAUCCUACGAUGAUAGUAAAUUCUAAUCUGGAUAAGAUGCCUCAGAAUGUUGCAACAUCGGAAUCCCCUCCGAAUUUAAAUUAUACUAGGAAUACCAAUUCGAAUGGUUCUUUAGCACAUUCUCAAAUAAUGUCGAAUACAUCAAUUCCUUCUUAUGGCUUAGUUUCUACUCCUAAUUCCAGUGCCAUGGGAUCUCAUCAACAGCGAACAUCCCAUAUCUCAAUGGGAAAUCAAAAUAGCAUGAAUCGAAGUAUGCCACAAACACAACAGGUAUCUGGUAGAUCAUCUGUUACAAGAGUGGUGUCUUCUGAGCCAGCUGCUUACCAACCAUCUUCGCUAUACCUUCCAUAUUCUUCAGAAUGUUCACUUCGCAACCAGGGUCUGGAGUAUCUAUUCCUUAUUCUGCAGCGAUGUCCACAUGUAGUACAGUUCCUCAGAUUAUUAACAAUACUUUACCUCCAGGUAUAUCUUGUUCUGGACAAUCAUCAAGACAACCUGCCGGUUCCCGUUCUCAAGUUUCCUAUUAAUGUAUCGUCUUCUACGCCUGGAAUGCAACAGCAGCAAAUGUAUAAUUCACAACAGUCACGCCCUUUAAACAAUUCUAGCAUUUAUUCCAAUUCAGGCUAUGGAAAUCAGCAGUAUUCUCAACCAUCACCAGCUUUUCGACCAAGUCCUAACCCAAUAAACUCACAAACAGCAGCAGCUAUAGUAACACGCUCCACUACUCCCAGGGAUGUUCAAGGCAAUACAUGCCUUACCAUGCAUCACACAUUGUCUCAACAACCUACGCAACAAUCUUCACUCUCUAUGUGUUCUUCGAAUCUUUCACAAAUAGUUGGGCCAGGAUCUAUUCCACCCGGUGUCAGACCCAGUGGAGGGUGUAGUGUCAGUGGCACUACCGGGUCAGUAUUUAAUCAUACCUGCGCACCUACAGGGCAUUCUGUGCCAACAGCUAUGAUCAAUGGCCAAACAGCCGUACCCACUUCUUCUACUCCACCAUGUGUUUUGCCAACUGGCAGUUCACGUGCUUUGGGACCUCAUGUGAACUCAGGUGUCGGGGAUCUGUGUUACCUUCCUAGCAGACCGAUUUCUUCUGGUGGUCGCGAAGUUGUGAUGACUGCAGUUUCGAUAAAUGGUUCAUUAACUUCAGGAGGUGAUAUGCUGUUAAAUCCCAAUUUCCAUCUUUCAACGGGCCUAAAUCCCCUUACGUCAUCUGCAUCUUUUAGUGGAAAUAAUUCCCAGAUUUCUGGACUGCAAAAUGAUUUUGACGGAUCUGUUGCUAACAGUUCUCCCCUAAUGAUGAUGACUAUGCCAGUCUCUUCUCCAGUCCCUGGAAAUCUCAUGAAUGGUCCUAUUCACGCUAAUGUGAUGAAUGUAGCUAUGGGGAAUUCAACACCAGCUCCUCCACCAUAUCAUCAACCUGCUUCUAUGCUGCCUUGUCGAUCAGUCAAUCCAUCGUUUUUCAACCCUACGUCUAUGGCAAUACCUCCUAUCACAGUAACAUCCGCUGUCCAUUUAAAUACGACCCCGGCAUUUUCAUCUGUACCAGAUCCAUGUAGUGUUGGUAACAACGAUCGUACUAUGUUUGGAAUUAUUGGAGAAAAUAUUAUUGGCUCUGCUACAAGCAACAAGCAAGCAUCUGGAGCAAACAAAACUACACGAACUAAAAGAGUGCGAGGUAGUAAGACGUCAUCUGGAGUGGGUCGUGGAAGUCGAGUCAAUUCCAAGAAGAGCCUAACUGCUAGUACAAUACCUUCUGUAUCAUCUUCAGAAUCAUUCUCUCCAGGUCAAAGAAUAGUUAAUCAACAGUCAAAGAAACUUCAGUCAUGGAAUCCUGGAUCUUCAGGAAAUAUGAAUUUCAGUUCUUCUAUGAUAUCAUCUACACAGUCUGUAGGGAUGUCCAUGGCGAAUUCUGGAUUUAUUAGCAGUGGAGAUAGUCGAGAAUCUCCAGUUACCUUUGCUUCACAACCAGGUAAUACUUGUAUGAGGCCGAAUUCAGGUCCUCCUGCUAAUAAUCCUAAUACAGGAGCAACGGGAAUGGGAUAUAAUGAAUCUGUAAAUUGUAUAGAUAUUCAAUUGAAUCAUAAUAUGCGUGUGCCAGUUUCUCCUCGUCAUGGAUACUGUUCUAGUCAGGUACCUAUGCAACAACAUUAUCCAGUUCCUAAUACAUCGGGUAAUUGCACUUAUACUUCCAAUCAAGGUAGUGGUAUGUUCUAUAAUCAACAACCACAAUCCAGUCAAAUGUGUUAUCCGAAUAAUGGACCACCGAAUACUCGACGAACUCCACCAAAUGUUCACUUUCAACCGCAGUCAGUUCAGCCUAAUUCACACCCACAAAGUAUUUCCUCUCCAAUAACUUCAAACUGUAAUCGUAUGUCUGCACCACCGAAUUCUAAUUCUCAAAGUUAUCCACCUGGUGUAGCAGGAGCAUAUACUUAUACGGAUCGUUUGGUAUGUCCGAUUACCAAUGGUAUGGUAUGGGGCCCCACUCAAAUACAGUUGAACGACGUUAUGCAUCAAUAUCUUCCUGAAGGGAUCUAUUUACGUCGCUUUGAGUUCGAUUUGACUGCGAAUCAUUUGAAUACAAUUGUAGGACGUAGCGAUUUAGAUAUUGUAGUGUGUAGUCAUCUUUUAUCUGAACCAUUGCAGGUUUGUCAUUGGCCACCUGAUGCUGUACAGAUUCGUUUUAAUGACUAUCUUCUACGCUUAGAUCGUAGUUCUGUGAACGGUGGUCAACCUGCGCACAAGGUAGCAUGUGUUAAACAACUCUGCCGACCAGGUCGUAACCAACUUGAAAUAGCUAUAUUAGGUCUUGGUGAAGAUCCUAAUCAACCGUCUACAAUGGCUAAACGUCGUGCUACUGCUCAAACACUUGACGCUCAUCGGUUUGCAGCAUUCAUGGCCCAUAUGCCAGCUCUUAAUGUUCUGCUUGAUGGCUUACAAAGGCGGAGGCCUGCCGGUCCUUCACAAUCUCCUAUUAUUGCUGAACUAAACUUGAUAUGUCCAGUAUUUCGCACAAGAAUGCGUAUACCUGGUCGUAUCGCAGGUUGUCAACACAUAGAAGCCUUUGAUAUGGAAGCGUUUCUUCGCCGUGAAGUUCUUUGGCCUAGACUAAACUGUCCAAUUUGCGGUCAUAAAAGUCCCGCUGGUCUAGAUGGACUAUGCAUUGAUACUACAAUACUAUACGCUUUACAGUUAGUACCUCAAACAGCUGAAAGUAUUCUUGUUCGCUCAGAUGGCUAUUGGCGACUUGUACCUCCACUGUGUUUAGAUUUACCGAGUGAUGUUGACCAGUGGCAACCUUUAAUUGGUCCAUUAACAGAAACUGUAUCUCAGGCUUUCAAUCAAAUAUCUUCAAAGACUGCUUUACGUGGACAACAACAAGGGCAAGGGAAUGUUGGAUUACGGCAGACUUCUACUGUUUGCCAUACAAAUGUAUCUCUCACAUCGGCAUCAGAUUGGAGUCGAUCUCCUGCACAGAGAAUAUCUCCUCAGCAGCAGCAACAACAGCACCAACAACCAUCUAAAGUUACAGCAACAUCUCAGUGUAAAUCACUAUCAGCCCACUCAACGAAUCAAACGGCAAGAGUAGUUACGUCUCAACAAGAUGUAAUGAAUUCUCCUCAAUGGGUUACUGAUUCUUGUUCUCCUGGUAACCAAAAUAACUUAGAAAAUGCUAACUCAGGUGUCACCUGUGGACCUGGGGAACUGAUUGACUCUGCUUAUUCAUCAACAGCUUCUCGACCUGCAUCACAACCUGUUUCAUGGAUUGGAACACAAUCGUCACCCGAUAAGAUGAGCGCUUCAACAUCAUUACCAUCUUCACCAUCACUGUCCACACGUAUUUCUUCUAGUUGUUUUUCAAUCGCUGCUAUUCCAGGUGUAAAUAUGUGCGUUGUCGAUACCAUUUCUUCUGCAUCCAGUCUACCAACUUCAUCGACGUGUACAACAACAAUGACAAAAUCAUUUCUUUCUACUUGUGUAAGUUCAAGCGUGACUAAAGUAGUAACUGUUGAACAAAGCUCAGUUGUUGAAAAUGACAGUAAUGCUUACCAAAAUCCUGUGAAGGCAACUACUUCUACUCAUACUUCAACAGUCGAAGAAGGAUCAUCUCUAAGUGGAAUUGUUGCUAGCACUAACGAUUAUUCUAGUCCAUCCAAUGCUAACUUAGAAUCAUCUAGUAACUCAACACAAUUAUCACGAAGAUGUCCAACUUCUACGUUGAAUAUGGGAUUGGAUUUUUUACUGACUGAAGAUCAAACGAUUACUUCAAAUGCUAUUACUUCGUGUGAAGGAAGUCCACAAAUGUCUUCAGCAGUUGUUUCAGCUGCUGUCCGUUCUCUUCUUACUUCGACGUCUGAUACAAUGUUCAACGAAGUGCAGUUACAGCAGUCAUUUAGUGAAUGCUCAACUUCUCCAAAAAAUGAAAAUAUUUAUUCAAAAUGCGAACAACAAAAUGACUGCACAGAUAAAUGUUUACCCAAAUCUGUUUCUCAUAAAGAAGAACAAUGUGUGUUAGAUAAUAGUAGCAGUAGUCAGUUACCUAACCUUUCAUCGACAGGAGAAAUUGAUGUCAAACCUAACCUAGAGGAGGUUAGCAAAGAUACAUCAUUAGCACUUGAUGAAAUAUCUAUGCCAGUUAAACGGAUAAAAUUAGAGUCACCACAAAUUAGUCCCAAAGUAUCCUUGCAUUCAUGUGUCAUUGAACAAGUUGCAAAUCUACCUGAUAAGCAAGAUGACGCUAUCUCAACUGGAAAGGUUACACCAACCCUAUCAAUUACCACUAGUAGUGCACUAAACGAUGAGAUGUUUGAGGUCAAGAAUAUUAUUUCAGAACACUCAGAUCAUAGUGGUGAUCGACAUUUAAGUUAUAUUGGUUUAGUGAAUAAUGAUUUUGAUGAAGAGAAAGUUUCCAUAGAACUGAUCCAUUCUAUUUCCUCUAAAAUUGAUCAUCUUGAUUUAUUUUUGGAUGAGUCAUACAUACGUUUUGUAGAACAUUUCCCAUGUGUUUAA